UGGGUCCUGGCACGGGAUGACCCUCGGUCCUGGCGGAGGCUGGACCACCCAGGACCUGCCUGAACAGAGCCACCCUGCCCGGCCCUGGCACAGCGUUGCAGUGCAGGACGCGUGUCACCCACCAUCACCCCUCCUCUCUGGAGCCCUGCGGGCAGGGGGAUCAAGCUGAGUCCGUGCUGUACAGCCUGAGACCUCUGGGUGGCACCACUUAAUGGGGUGGUCAAGGCCUUGCAGCAUCCCAGGAGGGUCUUUUGCCAGCUGGUGCAUUUUUCUGAAGGGGAGCAUGACCAUGGCCACAGGGGGGAAAAACGGCGAGCCCAGUGUCCCUCGUUGUACCAACCGCCUGAUUAAUGAGAAGUCCCCCUAUCUCCUCCAACAUGCUCACAACCCCGUGGAUUGGUACCCUUGGGGCCAGGAAGCCUUUGAUAAAGCAAAGAAAGAAAACAAGCUGAUAUUUCUGUCAGUUGGCUACUCUACUUGCCACUGGUGCCACGUGAUGGAGGAGGAAUCCUUCAAGAACAAGGAGAUUGGUGAGAUUAUGAACAAGAACUUUGUGUGCAUAAAAGUGGAUCGCGAGGAGCGGCCAGAUGUGGACAAAGUGUACAUGACCUUUGUGCAGGCAACCAGCGGUGGAGGUGGUUGGCCAAUGAGCGUCUGGCUGACUCCUGACCUCAAGCCCUUUGCAGGGGGGACGUACUUCCCUCCUGACGAUCGAGUUUACCGUGUUGGCUUUCGGACUGUGCUGCUCCGAAUCGCAGACCAGUGGAAGGAGAACAAAGAUGCUCUGUUGGAGAACAGCCAGAAGAUCAUGGAAGCACUCCUAACCCAGGCUGAGAUCCGUGGCCAGGCCCAGGAGUCACCUCCGGCAUCCAAAGAGGUGAUGGCCACAUGUUUCCAGCAGCUCUCCAGCUCCUACGAUGAGGAGUACGGUGGCUUUUCGGAGUUCCCAAAGUUCCCCACCCCAGUGAAUUUGAAUUUCCUCUUCACGUACUGGGCCCUGCACCGAACGACUCCAGAAGGGGCCCGGGCACUGCAGAUGGCCCUACACACCCUCAAGAGGAUGGCCUACGGAGGCAUUCAUGACCACAUCGGUCAGGGGUUUCAUCGCUACUCCACUGACCAGCACUGGCACGUCCCUCACUUUGAGAAGAUGCUGUAUGACCAGGGACAGCUGGCAGCCGCAUAUGCCAGAGCAUUUCAGAUCUCUGGUGAUGAAUUCUUUGCUGAUGUUGCUGGAGAUAUUCUGCUCUACGUCUCCCGGGACCUGAGUGACCAGGCUGGAGGUUUCUACAGUGCAGAGGACGCGGACUCCUACCCGACCGCCACGUCCGAAGAGAAGCGAGAAGGGGCGUUCUGUGUGUGGGCAGCGGAGGAAAUACGGGCUCUCCUUCCUGACCCUGUUGAGGGGGCCACAGAAGGGACAACUCUGGGAGAUGUCUUCAUGCACCACUAUGGGGUGAAGGAGGAGGGCAACGUGAGCCCCAUGAAGGACCCCCAUAAGGAGCUGAAGGGCAAGAACGUCCUUAUUGUCCAAUCCUCCCUGGAGCUGACGGCGGCCCAGUUUGGGCUGGAGGUGGGGCGGCUCAGCGCCCUGCUGCGGGAUUGCCGAAAGGCUGUGACUCCCCAGCUGGUCCUUGCACCCCAGCCUCUCCCUGAGCCCGUCCCUGUGUCUGUGGCCUACGCAGGACUGAUGAUCUCAGGCUUUGCCCAGGCUGGUGCAACGCUAGCCAAGGAGGAGUACGUGAGCCGGGCUGUGCAAGCUGCCAGCUUUCUGCGGAGACACCUUUUCGACCCCACCAGCGGGAGGUUGCUGCGGAGUUGCUACAGGGGUAAAGACAACACAGUUGAGCAGAGUGCCGUGCCCAUCCAAGGGUUCCUGGAGGAUUACGUCUUUGUCAUCCAGGCUCUCUUUGACCUGUACGAGGCCUCGCUGGACCAGGGCUGGCUGGAGUGGGCCUUGCAGCUCCAGCACGUGCAAGAUAAGCUCUUCUGGGACCCCAAAGGCUUUGCAUAUUUCUCCAGUGAGGCCGGUGACCCCUCCCUGCUCCUCCGCCUGAAGGACGACCAAGAUGGAGCAGAGCCCAGUGCCAACUCUGUCACUGUCACGAACCUGCUCCGAGCGGCCUCUUACUCUGGCCACAUGGAGUGGGUGGAAAAAGCUGGGCAGAUCUUGGCUGCCUUCUCGGAGAGGUUGCUGAAGAUCCCGAUAGCCCUGCCGGAGAUGGCCCGGGCCAGCGCUGCCUUUCAUCACACCCUCAAACAGGUUGUUGUCUGUGGGGACCCACAAGGAGAAGACACGAAAGAUCUGCUUCGCUGUGUCCACUCUGUCUUCUGCCCAAACAAGGUAGAGGUGACAGCCCUGCCAGCCCUUGCCCUGUCCCACCUGCACAGCCUUUCUCUCUGGCCGCAGUCGCACUCAGUGCUGCCAGCUGGGUUGCUUGCAUUUUCAUCCUCUCUCCCAGUGCUGCUGUAGCAUCCAUCUUCCUCCUCUUUCCAUCUGUCCCACCUCCCUUCUCAGGAAUGUCCCAUGCUUCCCUUGUUGGUCAGCGCAGCCGGCGUGGGCCACCCCCUGCACACCUCUCCCCGGUGCAGACGGAGGGCAGUUCAGCCUCUUUCUGGCGGCCCAGCCCUGGGAUAGGAGUUGAUAUAGCAGUGUUUGCUGUCAGUCGUGUGUGUUUACACCGCUCUCAGCCUGGCCCAGUGCCCCCAGCACUGCUCUCCCAAGGGAAAACCCUUCGUUCCAGCGUGGAUGUGUCAUGCCCUGCGCUGAUCCAGCUCAUAUCUCGGUCACCUUCUGCCGGGGGAUGUUCUUACAUCGCUGGGAAGAAGCAAGCCAGUGCCUCGCUCCCUCUGCAUUAUGGGCUUGGGUAUCCCCUGGCCAGGAGGGGCUGGCUUCUCCAAAAAGGCUUUGCUCCGAGCCCGUAUGUGAUAAGCCACGCUGUGCUCAGCGUUGUCACGUGUGUAGCUGUGCUUGGCUGAGUCUCCGCUCAGGGACCUGUUGCCCAGUGCGUGCCCAACCAGGGCUGGGACGAGUGCUGGGCACCGCGGGGCCGAAGGGAGGACCCCCGGCUCUGCGGGAGGUGCGGAGGGGCCACGUUGCUGUGUGUGGGGAAGGAGCUGUUUGCUUCCUGCGGAGCUGGCAGGGAGCAGCAGCGCUGCAGCUGGCUCCCCAGCGCCCAUCGCGUUCAGCUGGCAGCGUCCC